CGGUCAAUUUCGACCUCCAUUCAUCCUUCGCCGCACAAAAGUUGAUUUUAUAAUAUUAUUUUUCAUUAAAAAUCAUCCUAAAUCUGUCUUUUAUAAAAGCUUAUUAGCUUGUUAAUAAUAUACGAAUUUAGUUUUAUAGUGAGAGUAACCUUUUGUGUGAAAUAUGGCAUUGAAGUCCUCGCCGGCGGUGUUCAGAGUGUUAGCCCGUUUGUCUCGACGUAGUUUCUCCACUACGUCGGCUUUAGCAGAGAAGAAACUGACCGUUCGAGAUGCUUUAAACAGUGCCAUCGACGAGGAGUUGGAAAGAGACGAGAGAGUCUUCAUCUUGGGUGAAGAAGUUGCUCAAUACGAUGGCGCCUACAAAAUUACCAGAGGCCUUUGGAAGAAAUAUGGUGACAAAAGAGUAUGGGACACUCCGAUCACAGAGGCAGGCUUCACAGGCAUCGCUGUCGGUGCAGCGUUUGCAGGCCUCCGCCCCAUCUGCGAGUACAUGACCUUCAACUUCUCCAUGCAAGCCAUAGACCACAUAAUAAACUCAGCGGCCAAGACGUACUACAUGUCGGCGGGGCGCGUGCCCGUGCCCAUAGUGUUCCGCGGCGCCAACGGCGCGGCGGCGGGCGUGGCCGCGCAGCACUCGCAGUGCUUCGGCGCCUGGUACAGCCACUGCCCCGGGCUCAAGGUCGUCAUGCCCUACUCCGCAGAGGACGCGAGAGGUCUAUUGAAAUCGGCCAUCAGAGAUCCCGACCCAGUUGUAGUGCUAGAAGAUGAAAUCCUCUACGGUGUACCAUUCACAGUGUCUGAUGAGGUCUUGGACAAGGACUUCCUCGUUCCUAUUGGCAAGGCCAAGGUGGAGCGCGAGGGUUCCCACAUCACGCUGGUGUGUGCCGGCCGCGGCACCGAGCACGCGCUGGGCGCCGCCACCGAACUCGCGGGGAAAGGCAUCGAAUGCGAGGUGAUCAACCUGCGAUCCCUGCGGCCGCUGGACUUCGACACGAUCGCCAAGUCCGUGGCCAAGACACACCACCUCGUCACCGUCGAACAAGGCUGGCCUCAGAGCGGCAUCGGCGCGGAGAUCUGCGCGCGCGUGAUGGAGUCGCCGUCGUUCUUCGAGCUGGACGCGCCGGUGUGGCGCGUGACGGGCGCCGACGUGCCCAUGCCCUACACGCGCUCGCUGGAGGCGCGCGCCGUGCCGCACGCCGCCGACGUCGUGGCCGCCGUCAACGCCGUGCUGGCCAACAAAAUAAGUGUAUCAGCGACGGCCUAACACAGGGAAUCUCGCACCAGCCAUUGUAAAUAUUCAUUUUAUUUAUUUAAUUUGUACGUCGAAGGCUCCAAAUUCCUGAGUGAUCGUUACAGCGAAAAUGUAUCGAGAUUAUAGUGAAAUAUUAUCAAAUAAAACAUUGUUAUAUUAUUGGAGUAAAA